UUUUUUGUUAAAACAAAUGACGAUGGUCACGACGACGACGACAACAACAACAACAACAACGGCGACAAAUGGAACGAAUGUUGAAACAUUCGUUCAUCAAAUAAUACUUCUAUUUAUACGUUAUGGAAUCAUAUCCAUUAUUGUUUCAUUACUUUUGCUACGUUCAAUAAGGAUAAUUCAACGAUGGUUACGAUCAAGAUCAAUGAUUUGUAAAUUUUCGGGCAUAAAUGUUCCAUUUUGGAAAAUUCCAAUUGGAAACAUUGACAUGUUAUUCAUUGGAAGUUGGACAACAGAAACAAUUGUUGAUGAUUAUUUUAAAGUGAUGACGGGAAUGUCCAAACUUUUUGGUGAAACAUCUCAUAUUUGGCUUUCAUUGUUUCCAACUAUGAUUAUUAGUCAUGCCGAUGUUGCUGAAAAAAUAUUAUCCAGCACUGAUACAUUUUUAGAUAAAGAUUAUUUUUAUGAAAUGGUUAAACCAUGGCUGAAUGAAGGACUGUUGACCAGUGCAUCGAAUAAAUGGCGUUCACGACGAAAAUUAUUGACACCAACAUUUCAUUUUAAUAUUUUGGAACAAUUCUUACCCAUCAUGAAUGAACAGGCACAAAUUCUUUCUCGUAUAAUCAAUGAUCGUCAACUGAAAGCAGGUGGUAAUGGUUAUCUAGAUAUUGUGCCACUAAUAACAAAUGCAACGUUGGAUGUUAUCUCGGAAACUGCAAUGGGUGUGAAAAUUGGUUCACAACUCGAUAAAAAUCGUGAUUAUGUGGAUGCAGUUACAAGAGUUACAGCUACAGCUUUGAAACGAAUGUUAUUGCCAUGGUUUCAAAAUAAUUUCAUUUAUUUUAAUUUUUUGGCCGAAGGACGUAAACAUCGUCGUGAUAUUAAUCUAGUUCGUGAAUUCACAAUGAAUGUUAUUAAAAAACGUAAAAACGAAAUUGUCAACCAAAAGAAUCUUGAUUUGAAUGCGAAUGAAAAUGGUCGUCGUUUAGCAUUUAUGGAUCUAUUGAUUGAACAGCAUUUAAAUGAUCCAGAUAAAUUUACUGAAUCGGAUAUUCGUGAAGAAGUGGAUACAUUCAUGUUUGAAGGUCAUGAUACGACGGCAAUGUCAUUGAUAUGGACAUUACAUUUACUCGGUAAUCAUCCUGAUAUUCAGGAUCGUAUACAUGAAGAAAUCGACGAAAUACGGCAACAAUCUGAUGAUUAUGAUCAAACACAGAAUUGGUCUCAAAAUCAAUUAAGACAGAUGAAAUUUCUGGAGGCCUGUAUCAAAGAAUCGUUACGAAUUUAUCCAUCGGUACCGGUAAUAUUACGUUAUACACAUCAAGAUACGGAAAUAGAACCCGGUCGUAUCAUACCAAAAGGAACGUCCGUCGCUCUCGUACUUUAUAUGAUACAAAGGGAUCCAAAAUAUUUUCAACAACCAGAACGCUACAUACCGGGUCGUUUUAUCGAAGAUUCUGAACAUUAUUGUGGCCGUAUAAAUCCAUUUGCUUAUGUACCAUUUUCAGCCGGGCCACGUAAUUGUAUUGGACAGAAAUUUGCUCUACAAGAAGAGAAAAUCAUGUUGGCCACUUUAUUGUCUCGAUAUCGUGUUGAAUCUGGUGAUAAUCGUGGUAAUGUCGAUGUAAAAGCGGCAUUAAUUUUAAGGCCAAAAUCAUCAGUCAAUAUUCGUUUCAUACAACGUAUAUAAUUUUUAAUCAAACCAAAAUAAUAAAAAAAAUAAAUCCUUUUAUUCCACCAACUUCUGUUUAUCUUUGUUGUAAUAGUUUAGUUUAGGAAGUCCGGAUCUAUGACGUGUGUUGAUAAUAAAUAAAUCAAACCGCACAAAAAAAACAAUUUUGCAUGUCAAUGUCAAUCGUAUAUAUCCGAAUAAAAUACAAUUUUGACUUUUAUUAUUGUAAA